UAGAGGAUGCUGCUGCAGCGCCUCUGGCGAUGAAACCAGACAGCGGUUCUCAAAUUUUAACCAGUGCGGAAAUUUCACGUCGUGUCGCUCUAAAGCUACGUAGACGAAAUAGAAACAUUCUUCCGUCUCCCGUCGGUGUUAUCACUGCUAAUACCGAUGUGACUCUUAGCCGCACAUUUAUAGAGAGCAGAGCAUCUGAUGGUUGUUCUUCACCGACGGAAACAAUUCCGGGAAGCAUAGGAGAGCCGACGGCUUCUGCUCACGGCUUUCGCAGUCGUGCAACUCCCGAUCAUUUCAAGCUUCAAACGUCAGAGACAAUGAGGCGCAUGUCAUCCUUGACAAUACCGGUACUAGACAGCAGGGACAGUUCGCGCUCUGAUUCAGUCUUAAGUUGGUUCAGUGGCAAGAUUAGUGGUCUUUUCAGUCGAUCGGGAAGUCGCGCAUUGAAUACUGCUUCUAAGGCGUCGCGUCGUUCUUAUACGAUGGGACGGACACCGAGGGCUUGGAGUAUGCUUGGCACCGUCGGGAAACCAAUUGAGGAGACAGAAGAGGAAGAGCAAUUAGAUUCUCGUUCCGACACGUUUUCACCCGAUAUUACAGAGGAAUGUGUUGCUGUUCCUGAAUGGGACGUUACUACUGCUUGGAUUCAAGAUGAACCUGAACGACAACAGCUAGAACUCGAAAGCCUCGAUUUCCUGGCUUCGAUAUUUCUGGACGCGGAACUGGAACAAAACAGGAUCGAUCUGUAUGUGUAUUUGCUCACCUGGUUUUUUCAGGCUCUUCGCAAAAUGAGAAAGUUGAGCACUGCUCAGGAGGCGAAAUUGUUUGACAGAUUGAGAUAUCUAAUGAUUAAGCUGGAAAAGAAACUUUCAAAGGAAAAGAAGGCGAAAACUAAAGUAGCGGCGCGGACUCUUACGAAGAAACACGAAAAACGACGGAAGGAACUCGACCUUAAGCACUUUAGAGAGAGAUUUAAUCGAGGAAUGACGGCAGAGAAAACGGAAGACGGCAUUUACGCUCCUUGUGAUGGCACGGCGUAUUUGACUGGCAAGUUCAAAGUUCGCAUUGUCCAAAAAGUGCCCGAUCCCCAACUUAACGAAGGGAACGACAUCAUUAUGACCAACUUUUUGCCAUGGAAGAAAAUAGACUGUCGUGGCAUAAAGAUUAAGAAAGAUCAAUGGAUAGGAUCGGCUAUCAGGGAAGUGAAGGGUAUGAUGGGUUACAAACCGUCGCAGCUGAAACGUCGCGUGACGCAUGGGCAGUCGUUUGAUACUUGGCAGAGUAGCACGUCUCGAUAUCAGGUCGGCAGCGCGUCACGAGUUUCGGCGGACUUUUACGGUAGCCAAGCGCAGGGGAGAAAGAGUGCGGCUGUGUUGGGGAGCCAGCAGGGAAGCAAGGAGGGACGCAAUUCAACGAACUUGCCGGCCGUUUCGCCGCUUGUGCAAAAGCAGCAGGAAUCGGAGAAGGAUGAUUUGGAGGACGAACUGCGAUUGGAGAGAGAUGAAGAAGGAGAAAAUUUGAGAAAGCUGUUUGCCGCAAAGAAAUUUAUGAGAAUGAAGGACGUGAAGAACACGUUGAUACGCGAAGCGUCUCUCGAGGCCGGUCUCGAUAACCAACAUUCGGAGCAAGCACAGCUGCUCGUCGACGAGUUUAACGACGCCGUAGCAUUCCUAGAAGAAGCACUCGACGAGGAACGGUCACGCAUCAGAGUCUGGCUGAUGUAUCGCUUGGGGAAGAGAGAAGCGGUCGCUGAAACGCUCGAGGAGCAGAAAGAGUACUGUAAUGAUGUGGAGGAUAUGCUCGCUGCACAGAGAGAAGAAAUUGUGAAAAAAAUUGCAGACAUUGAACCCGAUCAGUUGAACUAUCUUGAGGAGAUUGACGUGGAGCUCUCCGAGAUUCUCGACGAGAAGAAGGACGACCACAAAGACGCUCUGGAGAGCUUGGCAAUCAAGAAACCAAACGAAAACAAUCUUAGAAGAAAUGAGCUUAGGAAAAGGCAAGGAGAGGAACUGGAGGCGUUUGUCAAGAGUCAAGACGUGAUAAGACUCAGCAGUAAGAAAAAUGCGACCAAUUUCGUGAAAUGGAUUGGCAGCCAGAUGGCGUUUCUUCGCAGGCAAAGACAAGAGCGAGAACAAUUGGAAACAAUUUUAGACGACGAAUCUGAACGAGAUAUAACGGAGAUGAACGAAGGGUUGGAGAAAUUGUUGGAGACUUUGGUUCUUGAUCAGUCGUCUCGCUUGACGAACUUUCUCGCUAGCAACGGAUACUUGGAACUUGAUUUGAAUUGUAUUGAUGAGAGUCACGCAAAUGAUCUGCAACAAUUGAAGAAGACGAGAGAGGCGGUACUCCUGGAACGUAGACCACAGAUAGAGGAGCGGCUCCAACAGCUUCAGUCUCAAUUGGAGCAAUCUCGUCUCAAAGAACUGGAAGAGGGAAAGCAGACUCGCAGUCAAGUCCAACUUAUAAUAAGGAAACUGUUGGACACACAACUGUCAUUAUCUCCAGAAGAUCGUGCGAAAUUCGAAGACAAUCAGGCAGUACAAUUAGUAGAUCAGGAGAACAGGUUGACGCUGAACAAACUCCGCCAACGAAAAAUACUGAGAAAGAGUAUCAGCGACAAACAAAGGCAACUACACGGAAAGCUCGAGGAGAAGAGACUCCAUGACACAUUGUUGAAUCUCGUGAGUGGAGUGGUGGGAGUCAAGCAACGAGCUGAUGCCGAGACAUGGAAGUCGCACAAGAAGGCUGUUAGGGAAUUGUUAAAGUCGAGGAGAGUGAGCUUUACGCAGGAGAUGGCGACGAUUGAGGGUGACGUUGCAAAGCAAAGGGCGAACGACGUACAAAAGCAUGCAGAAAGCAUUGGAGCCGACUUGUAUACCGGAAAGAUGGCAAUGGAACGAAAUCUUUUACAGAAACAGAAGGAUGCAAAAGCAAUCGAGCUACUACAAGUUAUGGGCCUUUCAAAGGAAAUGUCUUUGCGUAAUGAAGCACAACUCGACGAGGUGAAUGAGAAAAUUAUUAAAGAGCACAAAGAGGGGAUGGAACGUUUGGGAACGACUUUAGCUAAAGAGAGAGAGAAACAGGAAGAAGCUUUGUUGCGGAGAUUGAAAGAGCAUGUUCAGCGUAAACUCUCACGCAAAUCCGCACGGGAGUCAUCUCCAGAAAGACGGAGCUUACCGAAUCUCGACCCCGUGUAUGAAGGAGAACAAGUACAAGACGAAAAGAAGUUGAGCCUUGAUUUGCAAACCGAACAGGCGAAACGUUACGUCAAGGAAAAGGCCGAGCUAGAUCGACUAGUCGCUAUGGAGGAGCACGGACUCGAUCUCGUGUCGCGUCUCGUGCGAUCGGGUCGUUUCGAUGAGAGCGAUCUUGCAAGUGCCCUUCGCUCACUCUUCCCAACAAAGAGUGAAAAAGAGCUGGAUAUGAUCCUAGACAAGGUGUACAAAGACACAGCCCGCAGGCAAAGGGGAAGACGGGGUACUCGUCAACCGAGCAAGCUAGAGGAGCUUAUUAAAGAAGAUUUGGAAAGGCUUUAUCAACUAGCUGAGGCUUGAAAUGCAAAAUGAAGACAACACGUGACAGAGCUUUAUGGCAAGAUUGGAACAAUGUACGGGAUAAGAACAGUACGAUUAGCAAAGCACAUGUAGUUGCGGUUAUUGGAUGGGCACGUUGAGAAACUGCACUUAUAUCAUCAUUCAUUAUAAUCGUACACAAUGCA